AUGGGCUUCGACCACGGUGACGCUAAGAAGGGGGCCAACCUCUUCAAGACCCGCUGCGCUCAGUGCCACACGCUGAAGGAGGGCGAGGGCAACAAGAUCGGCCCCAACCUACACGGCCUCUUUGGCCGCAAGACUGGCCAGGUCGAGGGCUACUCAUACACCGACGCCAACAAGCAGAAGGGCAUCGAGUGGAACAACGACACUCUGUUCGAGUACCUCGAGAACCCCAAGAAGUACAUUCCCGGCACCAAGAUGGCGUUUGGCGGUCUCAAGAAGCCCAAGGACCGCAACGACCUGAUCACGUUCCUUGCCGAGGAGACCAAAUAA